GGGGGUUUUUUUUUUCCGCUUCCUUUCUGGGCGCUUGUGACUGUGUGCCCUAGAAGCAGGAUCCCUUUAAGACCCAGAGGGAAUUUCCUCUUAUUUCCCUUCUGCUUCCCCCCUCCUUUUUAAUUUCCUUUUUUCCCUCUUCUUUCCAGGGUGCCGUUUGCAUCAGGGCUGGGUCUCCAUCGCUGAGCUGCUGCACAAGCAGAGGAUUAAAAAAAGGAAAGAGAAGAUAGAAAGACACAGCGAGGAAGAGGAGGAGGAGGAGGAAGAAGAAGAAGGGGUGAUGAAGGCAUAACCCACCCAAGCUGCCUGCAGGAGUGGGCCUGGGGAAGGAAGGGAGAUCUCUUUCUGUCCUCCCCAUUGCCACCCAUCCCAGGGGUAAGGACCCCAUUCCAACCUCACUACUCCUACCCCUACUCCUUCCCUGCUUAGCUGCUGGCCGACCCAUUUUUCACAUACCCCCCCUCUUCCCAACCCCGACCCCAGUCAAUGACUGACUGACUGACCGCCUUUCCCUCCCCGACACAAUGAAAGCCGCUUUCUAGAUGGAGCUGUCGCUGUUGCUGCUAUUGCAGCCUCCGCUGUUGCACUACGGCGCAGUUCUUCGCUGGCUUCUCGCGAUGUGAGUCUGGGCUGCAGCUGAGCAAGGAAGGGAGGAAGAGGAAGAGGAGGCAGUCGAGGAGGAAGCAGUGGAGGCUAUGUGGUGUCCGCGACACCCGGAGUCCGGCUGAACCAUGAUGAAGACCGAGCCCCAAAACUGUCCAGGCAGUGGCACCAACAGCAGCGCCAGCAGCAAUAGCAGCACCGGCAACGGAGGGAGCCUGCGGAGCGCCUCGCCUCACCGGAACGCCUACGAAGCCGGCAUCCAAGCCUUGAAAGCCCCCAAAGAUGCCCUGGGCAACGCCGAGAGCGAGGAGGCCAAGAAAGCCCGGCACAAGAAGUAUGGCUCCAACGUGCACCGCAUCAAGAACAUGUUCCUCCAAAUGGGAGGCGAGGCCGGAGGAGGUGGCGGCGCUGGCGGUGGCAGCAUUGGCGUUGGAGGAGUGGAGCUGGCCAAGCUGAAGGAGAAGCCCGUCCGGCUGUCCUUGCCCCGGGCCAGCAGCCUGAAUGAGAACGUGGACCACAGCGCCUUGCUGAAGCUGGGCACCAGCGUGUCCGAGCGGGUGAGCCGCUUCGACUCCAAGACGGACAAGCCGCUGUCCAAGCUCCAGGAGACUCGGAAGAUCUUUGAGAGGAGCCUUCAGGAGAAGGAGACCACCAACAAGCUCCUGCUGAGGAAAGAAAGGGGAGGCUUCCAGGAUAGGAAGCUGGACGUGGUGGUGCGCUUCAACGGGAGCACUGAGUCGCUGGACAAGCUGGACACCGAAGCCGUCUCGCCCACCGUCAGCCAGCUCAGUGCCGUCUUUGAGAAGGCCGACCUGAGGAACAACCUUCACAAAGCACCGGGCAAAGUCGGGCCUCUCAACUCCAAGAUUGUUCCCAAAAGGUCCAGGGUCUUUCUCCAGGCGCCCGAAGCAGGGGCCAAGGCGGACACUCGGAGUAGCGAUGGACCUGCUGCCCAGGCGAGAGGACAGCAGCCCGAGGCUGACAAGAACCAAGGCAAACCUCCAUCUGGUGGUCCAGGUGGUGUCGGAGCAGGGAAGCCGGGUGAUAAGGACAGUCAUGCAGGCCUCCGUCCACAGAAGGUCCAAGAGGUGCGUAAGAUCAAGCCUGUGGAGGUGGAGGAGAGUGGAGACUCGGAGCAGGAGUUCGAGGCGGCAGAGGUGGCAGUGGCAGCCGCCAUAGCGGAGGAGCACAGCAAGGCCUCCAAAGGGUCGGACGCUCUCAGGGCCGAGGUGAUCCAGGCGGAGGUGACAGUCCAUGCGGCCUUGGAAAAUGGGCGGCUGGGGUCUGAGUCUCACUUGGAAACUCCAGACACGUUGGCAAGUUCUUAUGGUGAGGAAGCUACCAAGGCUGAGGGACCAGAGGAGAAUGACUUGUGUGAUGAGUCCAAGAAGGAAGACUUCUCCGAGGCUGACCUGGUGGACAUCAGUGCCUAUAGUGGGCUGGGGGAGGAUUCGGGAGGGAGCGGGCUGGACGAAGACGAGGAUGCCGACGGACUGUACGCACCAGAAUCCAGCUGUAUGGAGAUCGCUGGCUUGUCAGAAGAGGAAGAGUCUGCCCCCAACCGCAAGAUCCAUUUCAGCACAGCCCCUAUUCAGGUUUUCAGCACCUAUUCCAAUGAGGAAUAUGACCGGCGGAAUGAAGACGUUGAUCCCAUGGCUGCUUCAGCAGAGUAUGAACUUGAGAAGCGAGUGGAGAGGUUAGAUCUCUUUCCUGUGGAGCUAGAGAAAGAUUCUGAAGGUCUUGGAAUCAGCAUUAUUGGGAUGGGAGCCGGGGCUGAUAUGGGCCUUGAAAAACUUGGCAUCUUCGUCAAGACAGUGACAGAAGGAGGAGCUGCCCACCGAGAUGGCAGGAUCCAAGUGAAUGACCUGAUUGUCGAAGUAGAUGGCACCAGUUUGGUCGGCGUCACCCAAAGCUUUGCAGCAUCUGUGUUGAGGAAUACCAAGGGUAGAGUCCGGUUCCUGAUUGGGAGGGAAAAGCCGGGAGAGCAGAGCGAGGUGGCGCAACUCAUCCAGCAAACACUCGAACAAGAGCGAUGGCAGCGGGAAAUGAUGGAACAGCGGUAUACCCAGUACACAGAAGAAGAUGAAGAAACAGGUGAAUAUGCAACCGAUGAAGAUGAGGAGAUGAGUCCCAUGUUCCCCAGCAGCGAAAUGGCAAUUGAGGUUUUUGAGCUGGCUGAAAAUGAAGAUAUGCUGUCUCCAGUAGAGAUGGACCCUGAAAAGCUGGUGCAUAAAUUUAAGGAGCUCCAAAUCAAGCAUGCUGUGACCGAGGCUGAAAUACAGCAGCUGAAAAGAAAGCUGCAGUCCAUUGAACAAGAGAAAGCCCGUUGGCGUCUUGAGAAAGCCCAACUAGAACAGAGUGUAGAAGAGAACAAGGAACGGAUGGAAAAGCUGGAAGGUUACUGGAUGGAGGCCCAGAACUUGUGCCAGGCUGUGGAUGAACACUUGAAAGAGACCCAGGCCCAAUAUCAGACGCUAGAGAGGAAGUACAGCAAAGCCAAGCGACUCAUCAAAGAAUAUCAGCAGAAGGAGAUUGAGUUCCUCAAGAAGGAGACUGCUCAGCGUCGCAUCCAAGAGGAGUCUGAGAUGGCCCACAAAGAAGAAGUUGACAAAUUGCAAGAGAAGAUCUCUGAACUGGAGGCGAAGCUGCAGACUUUGAAAAAUUCCAACCCGACUUAAAAAGAGAGAGACAGAGAGAAAGAGAGCAGAAAAACAUAUAAAACCAACCAGAGCAAUUAAUUCUUCUUCUCUAACUACUACUAUUAUUUGCAAAGGAUAUAUUUAGAAUUUUUCUGCCACUCACCCACUCUAGAGUCUUCUUCCAUCCUCUGCCUGAUUUCCCUUAUUUCUCCAAUUGGGAAAUAAGACCUAGUACAGUCAGAAGAACUACUGGCGGAAGGGUAGCCAAUGGCCUUGCCUUCUGUUGAACGUGGGGGAGAGAGGAAAGCGGUGAAAGGUCAGGUGGGGUGCUGAAAUACAGAGUGGACUGCAGAGGCACAACCCAAGGGGGGCGAAUCGUUGUCAGUUUCUGUGUCCAGUGUGCGUCUUGUGUCAACUGGAUGGACAGACUGUGGGGAAGUGGAGGCUCCAGUCCCGUGUGUCCAACCUUAUGUGUCUUCUGUCCCAUCUGCCUGAUGAGAACCUUGAACCAGCCAGGAUGAAUCAGGACUGAGAUCUCUUGGCCUGCCACUCCUACACAUGGUUUUCUCAGCCCUUCACGUCUGCGGGCGACAAACUGGAACACAGCAGGACUCUGCUGGCAAGAAGUGAGACCAGCUCAUUCAUGUUGCUUCCUAAAUCUUUUGGGGUGGGUGGGGAAUGGACAGACUUUGGACUUUGGAACUGGAUGAUCUUGCCUUUAAAAUGUUCAUGUGUUGGACAACUUGGAACCCGUUAUUCUCUGUUUAGUGCGAUGGUGGGAAAUAUGUCUGUGAUUUUAUUUUAUUUUUUACAGAGGGGCCAGUAGGAGAUUUUGCUGGCUUCCAUCUCUGGGGACUCAAAAGAGGCAUGACCUCCAGAAAGCCCAGGUGGCAUCUGAAAAGACACAAUGGCUGACUUUUUACAUCAGGAAAAGAACAUCUGCCUCGUUUUUCCUCCUCGUUGCAUUUUAUUAAUGUUGUCCUGGAAAAAUGGGGGGCUGGGGAUAAUACUCAGGAGGUUUACAAACAGGGCGGGAGUUGAAUAUUUAAACCUAAGAGUCAUGAGUAAGCAUGGCAAGGUGACUGUAGCCAGGAGUUGAAGCCAGAGCUUUGAGAAAACAUGAAACUGAGCGGGGAACCCACUUUCUCCAGUGGCAUCUCUCGACCUACUUGAUCAAACCAGUGUUGCAGUUCUGUGCCAGCUGUCGUGCAUUCGAUAGAAGGAAAUGUGCAAAGGUACCCCUUCUCCAAAGACUUGAUCUGUGUCUGCUUGGCUCCUGUCAGCACGAGGGUGCAAAUGUGGAGGUGGGGAUCUAAAGCCAAGGGGCUGCAAAAGAUAGAAACAGAAUCAAAAUGCAUGAUGAACCAAUCUCUGGGGCAUUGCUUGUAAGGGUUAUUGCCUGGUGUUCCUUAUUUUAGGUCAUCACUUUCAUUCCAGAACAAAACACUGAACCACUGUGGAUAUCCCAUGUUUACAUCACACCCACCUCUGCUUCAUAAACUGCACACAUCCAUUUAAGUUUUUAUGUUUUGACCUGGCAUUAUUUAGAGGUAUACUGUUCCUCUCUGAUGCAACACCAUGUUGUCAGAAUUAUCCUUGCAAGUGGAUGCCCACCCAACAUCUUGACCAGCAUCUCUUUUUUCCCUUUUUCAAAAGUAUGAGAUAAUAUCAGUCCCAAAGGCACUUUAGCAGUGACUGGCAAAUCUGAUGGCAUAGCCUUCAUAGCCAGUAGUUUGAAGCAGUAUUUAAUAUUGGCAAUGAUUUACAAAAGCUCUUAGUUUCGAAAAUAUCAGACAAUUUUGGGUCCUCUUUCUUUCCAAUCUUCUGAGAGCAAUAGUCCAGGAAUGUUGCUCCUCAUCUACCAUAACCAUCAUGGACCAAGGAUUGAUAUGCCUGAAAAUGCAAUUAUUCAGGCCUGAGCCAAAACAUUAUGCCACGGUAAACAUAAAAAAUAUGAGAGAGAGCAUGCAUAAAGCUGCAUUUCCAUGGUAUGGCUCUCCAUCGUGUUUGAAAUCUGCUGACCGCAAGGCAUCAAUUUCAUGGACAGUGCUGCGACUGACAGCAACUUCUGUGUGCAGGGUGUAAUGCUGGAAUCAGGGUUUACAGAGCAAAAUAGCUUAUCCAUGGAAAAGGGCAGGAUGAAGCUUUCAAGAAGGCUGUAUGGAGGCUCCUACUUUCUCCACGUGUGGUUUCUUUGUCUCUUUAACAUGGUUGCCUUCUGAACCAGGCUUUUCUUUUUGAUCAUUGUACAUUAAUCAGCCUAGAAUUUGAUGAAAGGGUGGCAAGAUAAUUUUCUAAGCAGCUGGUGGGAAUCGCUAAUCCUUGAUAUUUUCUCAGAAUUCUGUAAAAUAGGUGCAUAUCACCAAGAAGGAAGUUCCUUACUGAAUCACCUGUAAGACAUUUUGACAGUAUUUUUGGCACUUCUAUUAACUGUGAACCUAAAGCUCUUGUUGCGUAUCUUCCAGGGAAAAUGGAAGCAAAUGUGUAUAUUGUAAAGUGAUUGCUGGAAAAGUCACCUUUUUCCCCUCAAAAGGAGCCAAAAUAAUGCUGUUUGAAAACCCUGUAAAUUAUUAUUAGUAGCGUUAGUAUUAUUUAAAAGCAGUAUUCUGUCAAGAAUGAACCUACUUUUGGCUUUCAUUUGUAAACUGGAAUUUGUUGCGAGAGUGGAAAUGCCUACCGCUUCCCCCCUUCUUCCAUAGUUUCUACUUGAGUAAGAAAGGGACUGUUUCCCUCAAUUUAACUUUAUAUUCUUGUUCUUUAUUUUUUGGGGUAUAUGAUAUCCCUUCAUAAUCAUAGCAUUUCUUGCUGUGAUUCUGAUACCUGCUUCAGGGCUUCUCAAUGGAUUGGGAGGUACCGUAGAGUCUCACUUAUCCAACAUAAACGGGCCGACACAACGUUGGAUAAGCUAAAAUGUUGGAUAAUAAGGAGGGAUUAAGGAAAAGCCUAUUAAACAUCAAAUUACAUUAUGAUUUUACAAAUUCAGCACCAAAAUACCAUGUUUUAAAACAAAUUGACAGAAAAAGCCGUUCAGUACACGGAAACGUUAUGUAAUUACUGUAUUUACAAAUUUAGCACCAAAACAUUGCAAUGUAUUGAAACAGCUGUGGAUCUGGGCAGGAGGCAGACUGCAUUGGAUACAGAACUUUGGAUGCGUGAAGGUUGGAUAAGCGAGACUCUACUGUAUUUGAAAAGGUGGACCAUCUUUCUCUCAUUCUUCCAUUCCUUUCCCUAAAACAUUCAGACCAAAAAUAAGGAUAUAUAAAUUCUCAAAGGGUAGAUUCAUACAUAAUUUUGUAACUUGGCAUUCCUUGUUCGUUUCACCAGGUUUGCUGGAUUAAGAGGCAAUGAAAACUGUCAAGCAUUUUUCAUACAUGGCAAUGAUGUACAGGAUGCAAACCUAAGACCGCAGGUCAUACCUGUGUAACUAUCUUUAUGCUCCCAAGAGCAACUAAAGAUGGAACAAAUGGUAACUUGUUUUCAGGGCAUGCUUAUGAAUGGAGUGCAGCUUCUGCUCCACAUAUCUGGUCAUCCAGAAUUAAAAUGCUCAAGACCGUUUGGUCUAGAACUGGAAAACCUGUUUGCAGUUGUCAGAUUGUAUGCGCCAUCACAUAUAUAUAGUACUUAGAAGCUCACGCUUCAGGAGGUAAGCACAUCAAUGCCCAUAAAUACAUGCCUUGGAUACAAAUGACUGAACUCUUUGUGUUGGAAGGGUUUGCAAAAGGUCUCACCUGUAUCCAUGAUGCGAUCCAGAAGGUUGGGGCGUAAGUUUUUGGUUUGCUGUAUUCAUUUUCUAAUGUGCUGUUAUACCCACAGAAUGCAGAAGUUCCUGGCUAUUAUCAGUAGCCAGAGAUGCAGGAAAGGAGUGGAUGACAUUGUGGAAAUCUCCUUUCCCCAAGGGUCAGAAAAAAAUCCAUUAAAAAAAACACAUUACCUUAACACAGACAACCACACAUAGCAUCCCAGGUUAUAGCCAAUGGAAUAGCUUUGCACCGAAGCCGUGGUGCCAGAGACGUACAAUGUACUGUAAACAGUAACUGUGUGCCAGGUCAGAAUAUUUUUUUUUAUGCAAAGGGAGAUAUGUUCUGCCGAAAAGUGUUUUAAAAGAAAUCAUCUUAAAUUUUUAAUUUGAUCUCCUUUACACAGGUAUAAAAGUGUAUGUAUAUAAUAUAUAUAUAUCUGUAUGUAUGUAUGUACGUAUUGUUCCUGGUUUUGUAUUCCGAUUGUCCUAUCAUCCGAUCAUAUCAGAUAAACUGCAGGUCUUUGUUUCCA